AUGGCUUCUGAGACAGACGGCAACUGCUCCAUCUGCCAGGACACUCAGAAGGAUGUGGCUUCUGCUCUGCCGUGUCACCACCGUUUUUGCCAGGGCUGCAUCCUGCGGUGGACACACAUAAAUCCCGUGUGCCCACUCUGCAGAAGGACGAUAGAGACUGUCAGGUUUUCUGAUGACUCCCUGGAGAUUGUCAUCACAGCCCCUGAUGAGCUGCCAGAUGCCAUCAGCCAGGCAGGGAGAGCUCCUGAUGGCCCUCAAGGAAACAGCCCCCAUUCCCCUCCACACGGGACAGCACCUCAAGCUGUCGGUGGUGUCCUGCCUGACCUCUGGGCAGAACUUUUCCGUCGACAACAGCAACUCCUGGACCCGCUGCGGCCCUGGCUGCACCAGAGGCUGGAGACCAUCUAUGGGGACCAGUGGUGGCUGGCAAGGAAUGCACAGAGCAGCAUCCUGCAUGCCCUCUGUGUCUUUGGUCCAGAUGUGGAGAUCAUGGUCCAGAGGCUGCAGGACAUCCUGGAGGAACACACAGUGCCACUGGUCCAGGAUACCAUCAACAUCAUUGUUGGCCAGUGCAGUGAGGAGGCCAGGAGGCUGCUGCGUUCCCACGCUGCUGGGGAUGAGGACGACAGCCCAGCAGCCAGCACCAGCUCCAGCAACUCUAGCUCCAGCUCCUCCAGCUCCAGCUGCAGCAACUCGCGAGAGGGGACUCCCACUAGCAGCCCUGCAGUCUCUGUGGAGGAGGAGGAAGCUGGAACAAUGGAGGCCUUCCUACCCAGAUAUCACAAUCUGCCGCACCUUGUGCCUGUCCCUGCAGAGCAGGACCAGCCCCAGGAGGAGCCAGGGCAGGCAAUGACAGUGGCAGGUCCCUCUGCCCACGGCAGCACCUGCAGCCCCUCCACUCCCAGUCAGGGCAGGGACCGCUCACCUCAGGGGCCCUGGCGCCCCCCAAAGAGGAGGGCCCUCAGCUCCCAAGACUUUCCCCAGCCCAGCAAGAGGUCACCCCGCCGGCAGCAAUAA